AUGCGCAGUUCAAAGCUGCUGGCUGCGUUCAGCUCUCGCGCUGAAAUCAGGCCCGUUCGUUCAGUCGCUGCUGGGUCAUACUGCGCAGUUAAUCCAACAAGUCGCGCUCUCUCCGAUAUCCGAAAUGCGCAGCAAUUAAGAUUCUUUACGUUCAAACCAGCUCCAGGCGCAUCGCCUCUACGGUCUGCCUCUACAGUUCAUAUAACGCCAACGUGCCGGCAACAUACAGGCCCUACGGUCAUAUCGCAGAUACGUUGCUUGUCCGUUUCACAAAGAGGAAAUAACGCACAGCCGCCGACCACACAACCUGAAAAGCAAGAAAUCCGUAACGUCAGCAGCCAGAUAAACGGUGCAGGAGAUGAGGUACAAGGCUUCCAGCUUUCCGAGAGGGCUGCCCAAGCCGCGAAAAUUGAUUUGACUGCAAAGCUGGGGCGUGAGGCAAAAGAACAAGGGAAGAAGCCCGGCUUCAACGAGAUAUGGCGGCUCCUCAAAAUCGCCCGUCCUGAAGCAAAAUCUCUUGGGUUUGCCUUUUUCUUUCUUCUAAUAUCUUCUGGUAUUACCAUGUCAAUUCCAUUCUCCAUCGGAAAGUUGAUGGACUUGGCGACGAAAGGAGAAAAUGCCGAAGGGCUUUUUGGAAUGAGCACGACCAUGUUCUACGGUGCACUUGCUGGGAUACUGUGUAUUGGAGCUGCUGCCAAUUAUGGCAGAAUUAUCAUUCUCCGCAUUGUCGGCGAGCGCGUUGUGGCGAGACAGCGUUCAAAGCUGUUCCGACGGACUUUUGUGCAAGAUGCCGAGUUUUUCGAUGCUAACCGCGUUGGAGAUCUGAUCUCCAGACUGAGCUCCGAUACUCUCAUCGUCGGUAAAUCCAUUACACAAAACCUUUCGGAUGGUCUCAGGGCUGUGGUGAGCUGCGCUGCCGGGUUUAGUGCCAUGGCCUAUGUCAGUCUGAAGCUAUCAAGCGUCUUGGCUAUUCUUCUUCCUCCUAUCGGUAUUGGAGCUUUCUUCUACGGCCGUGCAAUUCGUAACCUAAGUCGUACAAUCCAGAAAAACUUGGGUACCCUCACCAAAAUUGCGGAGGAGCGUCUCGGAAAUGUGAAAACGAGCCAGGCUUUUGCUGCUGAGGUAUCGGAAGUCAGUAGAUACAACAAUCAGGUCAAAAAUAUAUUCGAACUAGGCAAGAAAGAAUCACUCAUCUCUGCUACAUUCUUUAGCACGACUGGUCUCAUGGGUAACAUGACUAUCCUUGUACUCUUAUAUGUCGGUGGCGGUUUAGUUUCAUCUGGCGGGAUAACUCUUGGAGAGCUUACUUCUUUUCUCAUGUACACAGCCUUCGCAGGAUCAAGUCUUUUUGGACUUUCUAACUUCUACUCCGAGAUCAUGAAGGGCGUGGGUGCCGCUAGCAGAUUAUUUGAGCUCCAAGACCGAGAACCUAAGAUCUCACCUACACACGGUGAAAGAGUCGAAACUGCUCGAGGACCAAUUCGCUUUGAGAACGUUACCUUCAGCUAUCCGACCAGACCAGCGCUGAAAAUCUUCAAAGAUCUUGAUUUUGAAAUUCCGCAGGGUACUAACGUGGCAAUUGUUGGUCCUUCUGGUGGAGGUAAAUCCACAAUUGCAUCGCUUUUACUCCGCUUCUACAAUCCCGUUGAAGGUCGCAUCCUUAUCAACGGCAAGGACAUCACCAAAAUGAAUGCCAAAUCUCUCCGUCGAAAGAUUGGAUUGGUGUCUCAAGAGCCUGUUCUCUUUUCAGGUACUAUAGCAGAGAAUAUCGCAUACGGCGUACCGGGAGCUACAAAAGCCGAGAUAGUAGCUGCUGCAAGACAGGCGAACUGCCAAUUCAUCAGUGACUUCCCGGCAGGCCUUGACACCAAUGUUGGACCGCGCGGCGCGCAACUAUCCGGUGGGCAAAAGCAGCGAAUCGCCAUUGCCAGAGCCCUCAUCAAAAACCCUGAUAUACUUAUUCUUGACGAAGCAACAUCGGCUCUUGAUGCCGAGUCCGAGACUCUAGUCAACAGCGCUCUUGCUUCGCUUCUGCGGGGAAAUAACACAACUAUCAGUAUUGCCCACCGACUCUCGACUAUCAAGCGCUCGGACACGAUAAUUGUACUGGGUAAUGAUGGCAGGGUGGCUGAAAUCGGUUCUUACCAGGAGCUCAGCUCUCGGCCAGACGGAGCUUUCACUAAGCUUAUGGAAUGGCAGAUGACUGGCGGAGACGUUGCGCCUCCACCAAAUAAUCCCAAGAACCUUUCUUUUGAAGAGCAGUUGCAGGAACUCGAACGUGAGCAGCGCGAAGAUGAAAGUGAGGUCGAAGGUGAAGUUGAUGGAAAGCCUUCAGAGCAAGGAGUUGGCCGCGGAGUUUGA